GUUCGUAAACUAAACGUAAAGCUGAGAUUGGCGUUCCAAGUUUUGCAGCGCAUGCUCAUGCGGAGGAAUGCACGCUGCUCUCUUCCCUCCCAUCUCCGUGACGCGCAGAAAGGAACGAGAUGAACAAGCCCUCUAUGGGGCAGGGAGAAAUUAAAGGGGAGACACGGAUAAAGUGGGAGAGGGGAAACUAUUGUUGUGAGGGGGAGAGGCGUGCCAAUAAUCAAGCAUUUCGGAUCAGGGUGCGCGUCUCGGAGAACACGGUAAGGCACUUGAUCAAUUACGCCUCGUCACAGAGCCGCCGUGAGAGAAGAGGGGCUCCCUGCAGUGCCGCUGCUGCCUUUUCCACGCUGUCCUGUUCUGGAUGUGCCGGGAAACCGACAACAGUGCGGGACAAAGUCAAAGUUCAGGCGGAUAUACGAUUCGCAGACAGACGGGAUCCGGCGCCACGAUGCAGGGUCUGAGUUCCCGGGCUCACGCCUUUUCGGUGGAGGCGCUGGUCGGGAAACCCUGCAAGAGGAUGAAACUGACGGAGGAACACGAGUCAAGUUCAGCUGGAGACACCGGCAGCGAUACGAGCAUCUUGACCGGCCUGAACGAACAUCCAGUCAGCCGGAUGAAGAACACGACGCGGGCAGGGGACUCGCCCGGUGACCCGCAGGGACAGACCGUGAGUCCGGGUGCUGGAGAGGCGGACCCCGGCGGAGAGGAGAGCCACCCGAAGGAGAGCGACCCCCGCCCGGACAGAGAGGUCCGGGCGGAGCUGCAGGGCUGCGAUCUGUGGAAGAGAUUCUACGAGAUCGGCACCGAGAUGAUCAUCACCAAAGCUGGCAGGAGGAUGUUUCCCUCCGUGCGCGUCAAAGUGCGCAACCUGGACCCGUGCCAGCAGUACUACGUCGCAAUGGACGUCAUGCCCGUGGACUCGAAGCGCUACAGGUACGUGUACCACAGCUCUCAGUGGAUGGUGGCGGGAAACACGGACCACUCGUGCAUCUCUCCCAGGCUCUACGUGCACCCGGACUCGCCGUGCGCGGGAGAGACGUGGAUGCGUCAGGUCAUCAGCUUCGAUCGGGUCAAACUCACCAACAACGAGAUGGACGACAAGGGGCAUAUUAUUCUCCAGUCGAUGCAUAAAUACAAGCCACGUGUGCACGUCAUCCGGCACGACCCUCGCAUGGACGUGUCACAGAUCCGGUCGCUGCCGACUGACGGAGUCCACAGCUUCUCCUUCCCAGAAACGGAGUUCACCACAGUCACCGCUUAUCAGAACCAACAGAUCACAAAACUCAAGAUUGACAGGAACCCGUUCGCCAAGGGCUUCAGAGAUCCGGGACGGAAUCGGGGAGUGUUGGAUGGCUUGUUGGAGUCGUAUCCCUGGAGGGGCCCUCUCAGCUUUGACUUCAAGCCGUUCGCCAUACAGCUCCAAGGGAGCUCGGGGUCGCCGACCAGCAGCGGGAAGACUCUUCUCCCCCUCUCCUCCUCCUCAUCCCUUCACCCGUUCUCCGUCUCGGCGCUCUCCUGCCAGGACGCCGCCCUCCACGCCUUCGCUCUUCCUCUCCACGGCAGGACUCCCGGCUCCUCGCCGGCCUCCCCGUUGCCCGGCAGGGUCUUUUCCUCCCUGGGAGCAGACAGGCUGAGAGGCCUGCCCCCACUGUCUCCGCUAACAGACCUCUCGCUCUUCUCGGCGCUGCAGCCGAAGAAACCCCCCCACUGUCUUCUCGAGUCUCCGGGAGGCUCCCCCUGCCUCUUCCCCCUCCACAGCCCCAUCAGCCCUCAGGGGCCUCUGCUCCCUCAUCUCUCUGACGCCGCGGGCCCGUACUGUCUUUACCGCUACAGCUUCCCCCUGAACCCCCAACUCGCAGCCAUUUCCCGGCACGCCAAACUAGCCGAAAACACCACAGACUGUCUGCUGCGCCAGUCUCCGUGGCAACCGACCACCAACCACCGCCUCUGACAGCUGGACCGCACUUUUCGUGCUCCGGCCCAUUGGGUGUAUCAAGCCAAAAGCUUAUUGCAACAAAAGGGCCAAUUCCUUCUGGGAGCAAGACCCACAGGAGCGCUGAACUGUGGCGGUGGGGACGUUUUUGUAUUUGGUCUGUAGGCUGUGUUGGAUCUGUCGGCACAAAAAAAACUGAUUGAGAAGCAGAUCAUGAGCUGCAGACACUCAACGAGAGCCAAAAUGCCCAACAUCGAAUUAAACUGAAAUGUAGAUAGGAUGCAGAGAUUUACUUGGGACAGACAGCACCAUCUUUCCCCGCCAUACACUACUUCCAAUGCUGUCAUGGUGUUGCCAAAGAUCAUCAGCUAUACGACCUGAGGUAUGUAAUAUAGAUUCUAACAAAUUAUUGUUGAACUGUCAAUAAGUGCCUAUUAAAGUCAUAUUUUUUUGUUCGA